AAUUUUAGCACAUGUCGUAAGAAGUUGAACUACUUCUUUCACAUAAUCAAAAUGGCGAUGUGGCAGCCAGAGGAAAACGGUUUACGCCAAAUUCUUCAAUUAUUAAAAGAGUCACAAUCUCCUGAUACAGAUACGCAGAGAGCUGUUCAGCAGAAAUUGGGUGAAUUAAAUAAUUAUCCAGACUUCAACAACUACUUGAUUUUUGUUCUCACCAAGCUCAAAACUGAAGAUGAUCCUACACGAUCAUUGAGUGGCUUAAUUUUAAAAAACAAUGUUCGUGCACAUUUUGAGAGGUUUCCACCUGAAGUUACCAGCUUUAUAAAGCAAGAAUGUUUAAACAGUAUUGGCGACCCAUCGCCUCUUAUCAGAGCUACUAUUGGAAUUAUCAUCACAAAUAUCAUCUCAAAGGGCGAGUUACAUAACUGGCCAGAAGUACUCCCCCAUCUUUGUGCAUGUUUAGAUUCAGAAGACUACAAUAUUUGUGAGGGAGCAUUUGGAGCACUGCAGAAAAUCUGUGAAGAUAAUUCUGAAACACUUGAUAGUGAUUUGGCUGAAAGGCCAUUAAAUGUUUUGAUACCCAAGUUCCUGAAUUUCUUUAGACACCAAAGUCCAAAGAUAAGAUCUCAUGCCAUUGCAUGUGUGAAUCAGUUUAUUAUCAGUCGGACACAAGCACUUAUGGUUCACAUUGAUACAUUUAUUCAGAAUUUGUUUUUCUUGGCUAAAGACGAGGACACUGAAGUAAGAAAAAAUGUUUGUAGAGCUUUGGUAAUGCUUGUUGAAGUUAGAAUUGACCGACUCAUGCCUCACAUUGAUCAAAUUAUACAGUACAUGAUGGAACGUACGCAGGAUGCUGACGAUACUGUAGCUCUUGAGUCUUGUGAAUUCUGGUUAUCACUCGCUGAACAGAAAGUUUGUAAAGAUGUGCUAGGCCCCCACAUAGAAAGGCUUGUGCCUAUUCUGGUGAAAGGGAUGAGAUAUUCAGAGAUAGAUAUCAUUUUACUUAAGGGUGACAUAGAAGAAGAUGAAAUGAUACCAGACAAAGAAUCAGACAUCAAACCUAGAUUUCACAAAUCAAGAACACAUUCCAAUCAAAAGCAUGAUGAGGGAGAGGAAGGUGAUGAUGAUGAAAGCUAUGAUGACGAUGACUCCUUGUCUGAUUGGAAUCUUAGAAAGUGUUCAGCUGCUGCUCUUGAUGUCUUGGCCAAUGUAUUUCAUGAAGAAAUCCUUCCUGUUCUUCUACCAAUUUUGAAAGAUACACUUUUCCAUAUUGAUUGGGAAGUCAAAGAAUCUGGAAUCUUAGUCCUAGGGGCUAUAGCUGAAGGAUGCAUGAGUGGUAUGAUCCCGCAUUUACCAGAGUUGAUCCCAUAUCUCAUUAAUUGUUUGUCUGAUAAGAAAGCCCUUGUCAGAUCAAUAACAUGCUGGACUUUGAGCCGCUAUGCCCACUGGGUAGUUGGUCAACCCCAUGACAACUUCUUGAAGCCACUUAUGACAGAGCUUCUUAAGCGUGUAUUGGAUGCAAAUAAACGUGUACAGGAAGCUGCAUGCUCUGCGUUUGCAACCCUUGAAGAAGAGGCCUGUACAGAGCUUGUUCCUUACCUGGGCUUUAUAUUAGAAACACUUGUCUUUGCUUUUGGAAAGUAUCAGCACAAAAAUUUGCUCAUUUUGUAUGAUGCCAUUGGGACACUGGCUGACUCAGUUGGACAUCAUUUAAACAAACCUGAAUAUGUUAAUUUGCUGAUGCCACCCUUGAUUCAAAAGUGGAAUAUGUUGAAAGAUGAAGAUAAAGAUUUGUUUCCUCUUUUGGAGUGCUUGUCAAGUGUAGCUACUGCCCUGCAGUCUGGUUUUCUACCAUAUUGUGAGCCAGUAUAUCAACGAUGCGUAUGUCUUGUUGAACAGACACUUACUCAAAACUACGCAAAUUUGUCUCAGCCAGAUCAAUAUGAUCCUCCUGACAAGGAUUUCAUGAUUGUCGCCUUAGAUCUACUCUCUGGUUUGGCUGAGGGUUUAGAAGGUCAUAUUGAAGGACUGGUGGCCAACAGUACUAUUUUGAAGCUACUUUUUCAGUGCAUGCAGGACCCUAUGCCGGAAGUGAGACAAAGUUCAUUUGCUUUGUUAGGAGAUUUGACAAAGGCUUGUUUCCAACAUGUUCGUCCAUGUAUCCCUGAAUUUAUGCCCAUUUUGGGAGCCAAUCUGAAUCCUGAAUUCAUUUCUGUGUGCAAUAAUGCUACCUGGGCGAUUGGUGAAAUUUCUAUUAAAAUGGGAUCUGACAUGCAGCCUUUUAUUGGAAUGGUGUUGUCCCAGUUAAUUGACAUCAUCAACAGAUCCAAUACACCCAAAACUUUAUUGGAAAAUACUGCCAUAACUAUUGGGAGACUGGGCUUAGUUUGCCCCCAAGAUGUGGCCCCACUUUUACAACAGUUUAUCAGACAAUGGUGUACCUCACUGCGAAAUAUCCGAGAUAAUGAAGAGAAAGACUCAGCCUUUAGAGGUGUUUGUCACAUGAUAGGAGCUAAUCCAGCUGGAGUGGUUCAGGACUUCAUAUUUUUUUGUGAUGCUGUGGCUUCCUGGAUGCAUCCAAAGCCAGAUCUUAAAGACAUGUUCUAUAAAAUUCUUCAUGGUUUCAAAGCUCAAGUUGGAGAAGAGAAUUGGUCCAAAUUUUCAGACCAAUUCCCUCAGCCAUUGAGAGAACGUUUGACUGCCAACUAUGGAGUCUGAAAAAUUGUCCAACUGGUGUUUCAGGGUGAAACAGGAUUCUGGCUGACACUGUCUCCCCUCAUUAUGGGAAGGGUAGGGACUGGGUGGGUCGCGCAAGGGUACUAUGGGUCUGGGGUACUAACAUUAAAUGGGAGGGUUUGUAAGAACAUAGCAUCGGGAGUGUGGGACCACCAAAUUUUGAAUUUUCAAACUGUCUUCAAUCUUUACCAUCUGUUAGCUUUCGGGAGUGUGGGACCACCAAAUUUUGAAUUUUCAAACUGUCUUCAAUCUUUACCAUCUGUUAGCUUCUUUUAUAGCAAUUAUCAGUAAAUUUAUUGUCUUGCUGGAAAAUUUAUUUUUUCCUUUUUUAAUCCCCUCAUGAUUUAGCAUAAUAUCUCUAAGGAACAAAGAAGCAUGUAAAAUGUUACUAUAAAAUAUACUGUUAACGUAAAUGGCAAAGUUUUUGUCCAAUUGUCAUAUCCCUAUUAAACUAAUAUUGCACUUGUUAGAUGUUAAUUGCAUGUCCUUCAUGAUAUGGUUAUCCUGUGACAUUGUAAUUUAACAGCUUAAAAUGUCAUUUGUUAGUACUGAGAACGUUUUGUUAGUGCUUGUUAAACUGUUUUUCUUUGGUUACAUCAACACAUUUUUUUUACUUACGUCAGAUCAUCCAGGAAUUUUAAAAAAAAAUCUGACUUAUCAAGAAAUUUGUUUGUAGUGAUUUUUAAAAACAAUUCAUUCUCAUAGCCUUAAUUUGUCUAAACAGCAUGUAUGUUUUGAUAUUCUGUUGUCUCAAAAAUCUUUAUGCAUUGCUAGUAUAAAUUCAAUGUAUAAAAGUCAACCUCCCGUGUUCAGUUUCCUCCUUAAUUUUUUUCAACUACCUCCACGUCGCUGAAAGAGGCAAAUAACAUCAGCGUAAGAUCUAAGCUGACUUAACCUGUUGCUUGUCCCAGUCUUGCUGUGGUUGUGACACCUCCCAUGACUUCAAUCAUGUGGCCAUAUAUUUGUACUACCAAGCAUCGAGUUGGCUUCAAGUUAACUGUGAUAUUAAUGGCUGAUCAAUAUCAAUGCAUGCAUAUUUUGUCACAAUCUGUAUUCUGUGCAAAAAAAAAAAAAAUGGAUAUCGAUCUCUGAUACUGAUUUUUUUGUUUGGAUAAUUUAUUGGUGGUAGAUUUUUCUGUUUGCUCAUAUGAGAAUUUGAUAUACUUAAACAUGGAUUAUAAUUUAUUUAGCACUAAUACUUUCUUAUAGUUAGAGAAAUUAUAUUAACUUUCCAUUAUGAUUUUAUGUAUAUUCUGAUUUUUAUAUUUAAGAUUUUUAUGGUCAGGUCUAACUUUUUUACACCCAUUUAUUAGCUACCAUUAUACCUUAACUAAAUGUCACUUUUUUUUUUUUUUUUUUUCUUCAUUUUGAAAGCAUGACUCAUUUUGUUAAAAUUCUAUGUCUGAAUUUAGUGACUGCAUUACAUGUAAUUCAUAUAACAAGUGCUAUUGAGGUAACUCAAUUGUUGAUAUGUAUAAGCUUGUGUGAGUGGAUCUGGCAAUGCCAUAUUUAUGUGAUGUUUAAAGUCUGCCUUGCAAGUUAAUUUUUUUUUUAUAUUGACAUAUCAUUUUUUUCCUAUAAUAAAUUUUUGCUAGGGUUAUGAGCGGCUAAAUAAUUUUUCUUAAUGUAUAUGAUAAAUGUACAUAAGUUUUUGUUGUUUGUUUUUUUGGUCCUAUAUAAAUAUGUACUUCCCACAGCUUGGUUUUUCUAUUCUGACAUGCACAUAAUCCUUAAAUCAGCUAAUGUAGCUUCCAGAAAAUCAUUGUCAGGUGGUUGUAAAUCUGUAAUUUUGUAAUUAUUUUAGUUGUAAAAUAAAAGCCACAGUAAUACAAA